UUUUUCUUAUAAAUAGGACCAGCAAGCUCAGAUCACAAAAGACAUCAGAAAGCUAGCUACCAAGGACAAUUGAUUUGGAGGGCUCUAAUUAAUACGCUGUGAUAACAUGGAGUUGUUCUUUGUUUUGCUCUCUCUCUGUCUGUUCUUCAUCCUAAAGGCCUGCCUCAAUAAUGUCCUGCUGGGUUUCCCAAAUCGCAGAUUUAGAAAGCUUCCACCAGGGCCGAGAGGCUUGCCAUUGAUCGGAAACCUUCUGAUGAUCGGCGACAGACCUCACGAGUCCCUUCCCAAGCUGGCCAAGAUCCACGGUCCUCUCAUGACAGUGAAACUCGGCUUCGCCACCACUGUGGUGGCUUCUUCUGCCGAGAUGGCAAAAGAAAUUUUCCAAAAGAAUGAUCGGGCAUGCAUGGGCAGGGCCAUCCCAGAUGCCGUCACUGCAGAAACCGAUCACCACUUGUCCUUGGUUUGGUCGUCAGGAGGCCCUCACUGGACAAAUUUGAGAAAGCUAUGCAACACCCAACUUUUCACGGCCCAAAGAUUGGAUCAGCUGCAGCAUCUGCGACAUCAAAUUAUGGAUAAUAUGGUUAGCCACGUGGCGGAAGCGAGAGACGCCAAAGAAGGCAUUUUCGUGGGGAGGCUGGUGUUCGGCACGUCGUUGAACUUGCUGUCGAACACCAUGUUCUCGGGGGCUAUGCUGGAUGCGAAAUCGGAUGCCAUGAAAGAGCUGAAGGUGUUGAUGGCGAGGAUAAUGGAGCUUGCGGGAAGGCCCAAUCUGGCAGACUGUUUUCCUUUCCUGAGCCGGUUUGAUCCGCAGGGAAUAAGGAGGGAGAUUAAGGUGUCCUACGAUCGUUUGCAUGAAUUGCUUGAGGACAUGAUUGAUCAACGGAUGAAGCGAAGAGCAUCUGGUUCGCCUAGAUGCGGGGAUUUCUUGGAUGUUCUCUUUGAUCAUAGUGAAAAGCAUGGCGAUGAAUUUGACCGCCGGAAUAUAAAUAUUCUCCUCUCGGAUUUGUUCAUUGGCGGCACUGAUACCACCAGUACCACAAUAGAAUGGGCAAUGACAGAGCUUCUCCGCAACCCAACCAUCAUGGCCAAGGCAAAGACAGAACUAGCCCUAACCAUCGGAUCAAAAAGAAGCGUCCAAGAACAAGACCUUCCCAAACUUCCAUACCUGGACGCAAUCAUCAAAGAGACAAUGAGGCUCCACCCCACAGCUCCUCUUCUCCUUCCUCAUCGAGCAGAGACAGAGGUUGAGGUUUGUGGGUACACCAUUCCCAAGCACACCCAAAUCCUCGUGAACGCGUGGUCUAUGGCACAAGACGCUUCAUAUUGGGUCCAGCCAAAAAACUUUACUCCAGAAAGGUUUUUAAGUUCAGAAGUUGAUUUCGUAGGCAAGAACUUUGCAUUUAUACCAUUUGGUGCGGGACGAAGGAUUUGCCCAGGCUUGGGCCUUGGCAUAAGAAUGCUCAAAUUAGUGUUGGCUAAUCUGCUUUACCAUUUUGAUUGGAAGCUACCUAAUGGAAUGUUGCCCCAGGAGCUGGACAUGCAAGAUAAGUUUGGGGUUACCCUUCAGAAGGCUAUUCCACUUGUUGCCAUUCCAGUGGCUGUGGCUGCUGCAAUCCCUUGAAGAGUGAAAAAUAAAAGAUAACUGGAAGAAUUCUGUACUUAAGAGAAUAAUUGGGAUAUAAAUCUGUCUGCAUGCAUGGCCUGUGAUCUGUAGUAUAGAAUGAAGGAACACACACACACACACAGAGAGACACAUGUAAUAAAAUCAAAUAAAUCGCAUGUAGCACACUAUAAAACAAUAUAUGCAUGGCAUGUAUGUGUUCAUUAUAUAUAUGUUCUGAUAUUUUGAUGUAAUUGUAAUAUGUAUUUUGAUCAUAUAUAUGAACUAUUUUGAUCAUAUAUGAACUAAUUAAUUAU